AUGCAGGUGCCAGUCCGCCUGCUCGCUCCGAGCGCCGUCGGAGGAGGAGGAGGUGCGUUUUCGGCGGGUCUUGUCCGGUCCGUGCGUGAGUGGAGGGGGAGGACGUGUCGGAAGUUAAUCAGCUUCUCGUCGGCGGGAAAGGGGGGCGAGGAGGCGGCGCGGCGCGAGACGCCGGAGGAGACGCGGAAGCGGCUGGAGGAGCUGGACGCGCUGCUGGAGGGGCUGGUCGAGCCCAAGUUGCGGCCGCCAACGACACCUCCUCCUCCGGAUCCGUACUUGGACCGAGCCAUGAUAACAGGGCGGGGAUCAACCGAUGAACUCCCAGAAUUCUCUCCAACAUAUGUGGCAUUCUCGACUCUUGGACUUGUUAUCCUCACCAUCUUCACCAACGUCAUGUUCAAUCUGUACGUCAAACCUUCGGUGGACGGCUUCGAUCCACCUGAAAGAAUUCAGAGAGCGCCUCUAGUCAAUCCAGCAGACAGACCAUCCGAGUAG